AUGCAGGUAGCCCGCCAUCGCCUAGACCCUGUCAUCCCCAACCGCCCGCCCACCGAGCUCGCCAGACCCAGAGCAACCCUGAAACGCCCCGCUCGCCUCCUGCGGCACCCUCCAUGGCCCAAAGACCUGCAGUAUGCAAAGCCGGUGGCUUGCUCGCCUCGCGCUCGCGACCGAAGCACAGCGCCCGCUCCGUCGCAUCCCAUGCAACCGGCCGUUCUUCCCAAGGAUCGGUGA